GCGUGGCGCGAGGGGCCGCGGGUGACCUCGAGCAACGGCACGGGCGGCCGCCUGCUCUUCGACUUCAUCUUCGGGCUGGACGGCGGCGGCGGCGGCGCCAGCGCCCUCGACGACGACGACGAUGACGAGGAGCGCGUCCGCAACUGCACGUGCCAGUGCGGCGUGGCGAACCAGGAGAUCCGCAUCGUGGGCGGCCGCCCCACGGGGGUCAACCGCUACCCGUGGAUCGCGCGCCUCGUCUACGACGGCAAGUUCCACUGCGGCGGGUCGCUGCUCAACGGCGACUACGUGCUCACGGCGGCGCAUUGCGUGCGCAGGCUGAAGCGUUCCAAGAUGCGCGUGUACCUGGGGGACCACGACCAGUUCCAGGAGGGCGAUACGCCCGCCAUCAUGCGGCACGUGGCCGCCAUCGUGCGCCACCGCAGCUUCGACAUCAACAACUACAACCACGACAUCGCCCUCCUGCGCCUGCGCAAGCCCGUCACCUUCACCAAGCGCGUGCGCCCCGUCUGCCUCCCGCUGCAAGGCAACGAAGACCCGGCGGGGCGCAUGGGCACGGUGGUGGGCUGGGGCCGCACGUCGGAGGGCGGCACGCUGCCGUCGCUGGUGCAGGAGGUGCAGGUGCCCAUCCUGUCGCUGGACGAGUGCCGCCGACGCUCCAAGUACCGGCCCGGCCGCAUCACCGCCAACAUGGGAGACAGCGGAGGUCCAUUAUUAGUAGGACGUGCUGACGAUCGACAUGAAAUUGUAGUCGCGCUACGUCAUAGUACUUUGAUCAGUAAUCGUUAA